AGAAGAAGGUGUCGCUGCUCGCGCUACACUUCACUGUUACCGUCAAAAUACCCGGACGUGCGGUGUCAUUUCACAUUUCAAAUAUAAGAAGAUUUCAAAUAUAAGAUUUCACAUUUCAAAUAUAAGAAGACACUUGAGAGACUUACCGGAGCCAGACGAGUGUCGCUGCGCGUGCGUUCCUUGGUUUUGUUGGACAGCCUGACCUGUGGAGUGAGGUCACGUGACAGAGGCGUCGCAGGCUGAAAACAUUCAGUCGUUAACGAACCGGGCAGUUCGGAGCCGCUGGUACCGGAACAUUAUUCCCUCACAAUGUUGUGAAAUGAAGAGAGCAUGGGAGCCAAAGAGUCGAGGAUCGGAUUCCUGCCGUAUGACGAGGCUGUCAGGAGAGUUACCGAUGUGGAGCUGAAGCGGCUAAAAGAUGCCUUUAAACGAACCAGUGGCCUCUCAUAUUACAUGACCCAGCAGUGCUUCUACAGAGAAGUGCUGGGAGAUGGAGUUCCCCCAAAAGUUGCAGAGGUAAUCUACACCUCAUUCGGAGGAUCAUCCAAAGGGCUACACUUCAACAAUUUGAUAGUGGGUUUGGUUCUCCUAACUAGAGCACGUGAAGAAGAGAAGUUCAAGUAUCUUUUUAGCCUGUUUGCCAGUGAUCUGGGUGGAUAUGCUGCCAAAGAAGACAUAGAAGCAGUUCUGCAGGUCCUGGAUGGAGAAGCUCCAGCCUCCCUAAAGAAGUGUUUUGCUGAGAGUGACAAGGUGAAUUAUGAGCACUUCAGAAACUGGCUGCUGCAGAACAAGGAAGCCUUCACGUUUUCCCGAUGGCUUCUGUCUGCAGGAGUGUGUGUCACUCUGACAGAUGACAGUGACACACCCACUUUCUACCAGACCCUGGCUGGUGUCACACACUUGGAGGAGUCUGACAUCAUUGACUUGGAGAAGCGCUACUGGCUGCUCAAAGCUCAGUCCAGGACUGGUCGUUUUGACUUGGAAACUUUUGUCCCGCUGGUGUCUCCUCCCAUCCAUGCCUCACUGAGUGAAGGCUUGUUUCAUGCUUUUGAUGAAAAUCGGGACAAUCACAUUGACUUUAAAGAGAUCUCCUGUGGACUCUCUGCAUGCUGCAGGGGGCCCAUCGCUGAGAGACAGAAAUUUUGCUUCAAAGUGUUUGAUGUAGACCGUGAUGGGGUUCUGUCUAGAGAUGAACUCCAUGAAAUGGUAGUGGCGUUGUUGGAGGUGUGGAAGGACAAUCGCAUUGACACGAUCCCUGAGCUGGACUGUUGUGUGUCAAACAUAGUUGAGGAAAUUCUGAAAAUGCAUGACACAACCCAGCUGGGUCAUCUGACUCUUGAGGACUACCAGAUCUGGAGUGUGAAGAGUGCUUUGGCAAACGAGUUCUUAAAUCUGCUUUUCCAGGUUUGUCAUAUAGUCCUGGGGCUUAGACCUGCUACUCCUAUAGAGGAGGGACACAUUAUUAGAGGUUGGUUAGAGAGGGAGAGUCGACAUGGACUGCAGCAAGGCCAGAACUGGUUCCUCAUCUCCAUGUUGUGGUGGCAGCAGUGGAAGGACUACGUUCAAUAUGAGCAUAAGUUUAUUGUGGUGGAACAGCCUUCUAUCCUAAGCUCACUCAGAACCCACAUGGCCACAGCCACUAUGGAGCCCCCCGCCCCUGACAGGCUUGGCGGACUGGGAUAUUUUGGCUCCUUCAGUCCCUCUGCAGAUAAGUCCCCAGAUGCUGUGUCCACUGCCUCAGAAGCUACAGAAACUGUUCUGAGUCCUCAGGUUACUCCUUCAUCUACAGAGAGCUGUUUUGCCCGUCAGCACAAUGUAUCAGACAACAACAAUCAGUGUUUUUCUCAAGGCAAUGGUCACCUGCCCUCCCAGUUGGCGGUACAAAGGCCUGGAGCCAUUGACAACCAGUCGUUGGUCACUACUGAUCCUAUCAAGGCCCCUAUAAUAACUAUGGAGGGUGGUAGACUGAAGCGCUCUGUGCAGUUGAAGUCUGGAAGAGACUUUGAGAAAGUACCAGAACCCGUGUGGCGUGCACUCUACCAUUGGUAUGGUGCCAACCUUAGCCUGCCACGACCGGUGAUCCUGGACAGCAGGACAAGCCAAGCUGAGCUGGAACUCUUCCCUCGCUAUCUUCUCUUCCUCCGCCAGCAGCCACCCACACGCUCCCCUCAGUCCAACAUUUGGGUCAAUAUGGGUAUGACCAGUCUACGAAUGUUUCCACCAUAUUUACCCCCACUAAGAGGAAAUCUGCCAUCGGCACAUGCUCCGCUGAAGAGGAUGCUGGCUUACACUGGCUGUUUCAGCUGCAUGGCCACCGUCAAGGACAUCCACCUCUUUUUGUCUCAGAGGCUCCGGAUCAAGGAGGAAGACAUGAGGCUUUGGCUCUACAACAGUGAGAACUAUCUCACCCUUCUCGAUGAUGAAGACCACACAUUAGAGAGCCUGAAGAUCCAGGAUGAACAACAGCUAGUUAUUGAAGUCAGGAACAAAGACAUGAGCUGGCCUGAGGAAAUGUCUUUCAUUGCUAACAGUAAUAAAAUGGACAGACACAAAGUUCCUACAGAGAAAGGAGCGACUGGUCUCAGUAACCUUGGAAACACGUGCUUCAUGAACUCCAGCAUUCAGUGUGUGAGCAACACUAAGCCUCUCUCGGAUUACUUCCUGUCUGGGACACACCUCUAUGAGCUCAACAGGACCAACCCCAUCGGGAUGAGAGGUCACAUGGCCAAGUGUUAUGGUGACCUGGUGAUGGAGCUGUGGAGCGGAACGCAGAAGAGUGUGGCUCCGCUCAAACUCAGGUGGACAAUAGCAAAGUAUGCUCCGCGCUUCAAUGGCUUCCAGCAGCAGGACUCUCAGGAGCUGUUGGCCUUCCUCCUUGAUGGCCUUCAUGAAGAUCUAAACAGGGUUCAUGAGAAGCCUUAUGUGGAGCUGAAGGAUAGUGAUGGCCGGCCAGACUGUGAGGUGGCUUCAGAGGCAUGGGAAAACCAUCUGCGCAGGAACCAGUCAAUUGUGGUGGAUCUGUUCCAUGGUCAGCUCAAGUCUCAAGUGAAGUGCAAGACAUGCGGUCACAUCAGCGCUCGUUUUGACCCCUUCAACUUCCUGUCUCUGCCUCUUCCGAUGGACAGCUCAGUGCAUCUGGAGAUCACCGUGAUCAAACUGGAUGGCUCCACCCCUGUGCGUUACGGUUUGAGGUUGAACAUGGAUGAGAAGUACACCGGAUUGAAGAAACAAUUGAGCGAACUGUGCAGCCUGAAGCCUGAACAGAUCCUCCUGGCUGAGGUUCAUGCUUCUAACAUCAAGAACUUCCCUCAGGACAACCAGAAGGUGCGACUGUCUUUCAGUGGCUUUCUCUGUGCAUUUGAGGUUCCAGUACCAGGUUCACCAACAUCACUGAGUUCCACAACCCUUACAGAGAUCACCCCAAUAGCUAAUGGCUUAGCUGCUAAUGGGCAUCUGGGUGAUAACCCCAUCCUGAUCUCCUAUGGUGGGCCUGGCACCAUGGUGCCUUCCAGCCCAGAGACACCCCUGGUCAAUGGAGUUGCUAACGGGCACAUCACAUCAACACAGGAGAGCCCCUUCAUUGGCUAUAUUAUUGCCAUGCACAGGAAGAUGAUGCGUAUGGAGCUGUACUUCCUGUCCUCUCAGAAGGACCGGCCCAAUCUGUUUGGAAUGCCACUUAUUGUUCCUUGCACUGUCCACACCAGUAAGAAGGACCUGUAUGAUGCAGUCUGGACCCAAGUGACCCGACUGGCCAGCCCGCUGCCCCCACAGGAGGCCAGCAACCAUGCCCAGGACUGUGAUGACAGCAUGGGUUACCAGUACCCCUUCACUUUACGGGUUGUAGGAAAAGAUGGCAACUCCUGCGCUUGGUGUCCCUGGUAUCGGUUCUGUAGAGGCUGCACCAUCGAGUGCACUGAGGAUCGUGCUUCUGUAGAAAAUGCUUAUAUAGCGGUAGACUGGGACCCCACCGCCCUACACCUUCGUUACCAGACUUCCCAGGAAAAGAUUGUGGUGGAGCACAACAGUGUGGAGCAGUCUCGUAGAGCGCAGGCUGAGCCCAUCAGCUUGGACAGCUGCCUGAAGGCCUUCACUACUGAGGAAGAACUGGGGGAGGAUGAACUCUACUACUGUUCUAAGUGCAAGACCCAUCGACUGGCCACCAAGAAGCUGGACCUUUGGAGACUGCCACCAAUACUGAUUGUUCACCUCAAACGCUUCCAGUUCGUUAAUGGUCGAUGGAUAAAGUCUCAAAAGAUUGUCAAGUUUCCACGAGAGAAUUUUGACCCCAGCGCCUUCCUUGCUCCUAGAAACAGGGAGCAACAUUCCCUCCACUCCCUGAGUGAAAGUGAGGACCUGCUGAGGGUUGGUGAAGACAACUUGUCCUCGAUCUCUGCUCCAGCUGGCUUCUGCCUUCAGCCCAAAGCUUCGCCUUCCUCAAGCAGAAGAUCAGCAUCUUCUCUCAGCCGGAACAGUAGUCCCUCCAGCAGCCCAAGAACUGGUGGUCCUAGACCUGGCCGGUUACGUCUGCCACAGCUUUGUAGCAAGCACAGACACUCCAACAACAAGGAAAACAUAGAUGGAGCUGCUAAUUCUGAAUCAGAGUCCAGAGAAAGUGUGCCACAGGCAAACACAGAGGCGGGAGUGGCAGGAGUGGGUCUUCUCUGGUCAGAGGCAUCAGGUUGGCUGGCAUCAGGGUCAUCCUGUGUCACAGAGGCAUCCAGCAGUCAAUGUGACAUGGAACUGAUUAACGAAAAUGGCAACAGGAUGGGCUCAGACUGCAGCAUAGAGAGCAGCGUAGACCUUGACACUUCUCUGCAACAACACAGGGAUAACAUGGAUCUCGAUGCCAUCUACAAUCUCUUUGCAAUAUCAUGUCAUUCAGGAAUCAUGGGAGGCGGCCACUACGUGACGUAUGCAAAAAACCCCAAUGACAAAUGGUAUUGUUACAAUGACAGCAGUUGUAAGGAAGUGCAUUCUAAGGAGAUCGAUGCAGACUCUGCCUACAUUCUGUUUUAUGAGCAGCAGGGAGUUGAAUACUCCCAAUUCCUGCCAAAGAUUGAUGGCAAGAAGAUGGCAGACACCAGUAGCAUGGAUGAAGACUUUGAGUCAGACUAUAAGAAGUACUGUGUCCUUCAGUGACUGCUACAGGCCUUGCAUUAGCUUAGCACUACACCUAUUCCCUUUUGUCAGCUUACUGCUCUGAGCAGAC